UCUAGAUAUUCCCCCUUCCUUUUUCCGAUGUUUUAAUUUCUUUUUAGAUGUUUUCAUUUUUACCCUCCAAAAUUGGUUCUGUGGAAACAAAGAAAUCAGAAAAUUGUGUGUGUGCCUGCUGGUUUUGGAAGCUCCAUCAAAGAAGAAGAUUCUCAUGGUACAGUGUGAUUCAGGUGGAAUAGCAGGGAUUGAUUCCGUUUGAGAGGGAAUAAACAUGGGUGAGGUAGUUGUGAGCGAGAGAUUAGUUGGAACGGCUGAGGAAGAAGAGAAGCAGACGACUACGGUGGCGGCUGCCGAGGAAGAAACUACUGCAACAGAGGGAAAAGGCGGAGGAGGAGAAUCGAAAGGGCUGAUGAGGUGGGAGAAGUUCUUGCCGAAGAUGGUACUGAGGGUGCUCUUGGUUGAAGCUGAUGAUUCCACGAGGCAGAUUAUAGCGGCGCUCCUCAGAAAAUGCAGCUACAAAGUGGCGGCUGUUCCUGAUGGCCUAAAGGCAUGGGAAAUACUCAAGGGAAGACCACGCAAUAUCGAUCUAAUACUGACGGAAGUGGAUUUACCUGCCAUAUCUGGCUAUGCACUUCUCACUUUAAUUAUGGAACAUGAUAUUUGCAAAAAUAUCCCUGUCAUAAUGAUGUCCUCACAAGAUUCUAUAAGUACAGUAUACAAGUGUAUGCUGAGGGGAGCUGCUGAUUAUCUUGUUAAGCCCCUUAGAAAAAAUGAAUUGAGGAAUUUGUGGCAGCAUGUUUGGAGAAGGCAAUCGUCAACUGUUGCCAUGAAUGGCCUCCAAGAUGAGAGUGUUGCGCAGCAGAAGGUUGAAGCCACUGCUGAAAACAAUGAUGCUAGUAUUCGUUCAAGUGGUGAUGCUGCUUCCAUUCAGAGAAAUAAGGAAUUAAUCGAGAAAGGAAGUGAUGCACAGAGCUCUUGCACAAAGCCCGACCUGGAAGCUGAGAGUGGCCCUGUCGAUAACAUGCAGGAAUUUGCUUCACUGAAAUGUGGUGAAUCAUAUCCAACUGGAACAAUGACACAAGAGGUAGAAACGUGCAUGCGUUUGGGGCAGAUAUCAGUUAUGCAUGACAGUCAUGCUGGAGGAUUAGCUAUGGCUAGUAGCAAAAAUUGUGAGACAAGCACAACGAAUGGCAAGGAUGGCGAUACAGAACAUUUUCGGAGUGCUACUAUCUGUGGUGAGGCUCAUGACAAUCACUGUGUUCAAAUUAGCUGUUCUAAGGAAGCUAUUGACUUGAUUGGAGCAUUUCAUAAUCGUCCAAACUGCAGUCUCAAAACUCCCACAGUUAACUGCACAGGAAAGUUUGACUUCAUUCCGCAGUUGGAUCUUUCCCUAAGAAGACCUCAUCCCAGCAACUGUGACAAUGAACUCGCUGAAGAAAGAAAUACCAUCAUGCAUUCAAAUGCCUCAGCUUUCAAGCGGUAUACAAACAAGCAAUUUCAAGCCUCACCUGCGAUUUUAAACUUCUCUGACCAACAAAGGGAACAGAGAACAAAUUGCGAGAAAAGUAUAUCCCAUUUUGCUACUGGGUGUAAUUCUGAUAGUUCAACACCUAGUGUGCAAAGAAAUCUUUUAUCUCCAACUACACCCCAAUCGAAAGAAUCUGAAGCAGCAACUUCACACUCACAACAGCAAGGGCACUCUCUCCCGAUUGCAGUUAAAGGUGUAAGGUUCAAUGAUUUGUGCACGGCCUAUGGUUCUGUACUUCCUCCAAUGUUUCGCACGCAAUCGGGUCCACCAUUGGUGCCUAGCCCCAGUUCAGUUGUGCUUCUUGAACCAGCCUUUCAAGUAAAUGGAUUUUAUCAAUCAAAUGUUAAAGACAAUAGUUCAGAGCAGGUUUAUGAAUCUCCCAGUUCUGGUGGAAAAAGUGCUCCAAACAACAUGAUUUCCAGACCGGAACACAAACCAGAACAUGCUGAGGAUCGAAGACAUAUCUCUCCUGCAACUGAUCAAAGUGGAUCCGGUAGCUUCUGUAAUGGAAAUGCAAGCCAUCUUAAUAGCAUGGGGUAUGGAAGCAACUGUGGAAGCAGCAACAUUGUUGAUCAGGUCCCAAUUGGCAGAGCAGCUUCAGAGGGUAAGAAUGAAGAGAUGGCAAACAAUGCGAGCUCUCAUCGAUCUAUCCAAAGAGAAGCAGCUCUAAAUAAGUUCCGCUUGAAAAGGAAAGAGAGAUGCUAUGAGAAGAAGGUUCGAUAUGAGAGCAGAAAGAAACUAGCAGAGCAGCGCCCGAGAGUGAAAGGCCAAUUUGUUCGUCAAGUGCAGCCGGAUGCUCUCACUGCAGAGAAAGAUGGCAAAGAAUAUGAUCUUUAACAGAUUUCUGACUCACUAGAGAGAACACUUAUUUAGUAUAGUUGCUUCAAAAUUUUGUUUUCUCGAAUCACAUGAUCUGUAUAUGCUUUCUAAGACGACUUUCCUCAUUUCUAUUUCCUUUUAGAUAUAGCUAAUGUAAUAUAUCCUUGUAAUCUAUAUAGUGUCAUAGUUAUUUUGCUGCCACAUUAUUUAUUUGUUUAUUUGUAAGGAUUUGAUUGUUCAUCAGGACUCAUGAUGAUGGAUUAUGUAGGAGAUUAUAGAGCAUUACUAUAACAUCAUAUGACGCUAAGUUUUUACAAGUAGUUCAA